AUGCAAGUGGAUAACCAGGUCUCUCCAAGGAAAGUUCCAUAUUUCUGUUCCAUUCGUUAUGGAAUCGCUGUCUUCCUGCUCCUCUGUAAUGUUAUAAUAAUGUCACAGCGUGUGUGUAUGAGCCUCACAAUGAUAGCCAUGGUGAACAGCACAGAGCCACAUGGUUUGUCCAACACCUCCACAAAGGAGCUCCAGGAUAACAUAAAGAACCCUGUGUAUAACUGGAGCACUGAAAUCCAGGGGAUCAUGUUAAGUUCCAUCUUCUAUGGUGUACUCAUCAGCCAAAUUCCUGCAGGAUAUUUAUCUGGAAUAUACUCUUUAAAGAAAAUGAUUGGUUUUGCAUUACUUUUCAGCUCUCUAUUUACCCUGCUCCUCCCACUGGCAGCUGAAUUUGGAGAAAUUUUGGUCAUUAUAUGCCGAGUAAUCAAGGGAAUGUUCCAGGGGAUAACUUUAACAACUCAGCAAGUGAUAUGGAUCAAGUGGGCUCCUCCCUUGGAACUAGGCCGACUUACUGCUCUGAGUUUGUCAGGACUUCUACUAGGACCCUGCAUUGUCCUGCUUAUCACUGGAUUCAUCUGUGACUCCCUGGGAUGGCCCAUGGUCUUUUAUAUUUUUGGUGCUUGUGGCUGUGCCUUAAGUGUUCUCUGGUUCAUUCUGUUUUAUGAGGACCCAAAGGACCACCCAUAUAUAAGCAUCAGAGAGAAGGAAUACAUCACAUCCGCUCUCACCCAGCAGGUCAGCUCAAGUACACUCAUCAAAGUGCCCAUCAAAGCUAUGCUGAAAUCUACUCCACUCUGGGUCAUUUCCCUCUGUAAUUUUGCUUUUUUCUGGUCAAAUACCUUCCUGAGUAUUUAUACGCCAAUAUAUAUUGACUACAAGCUUCAUGUUGAUGUAAAAGAGAAUGGGCUGCUGUCUUCCCUCCCCCAUUUGUUUGCCUGGAUUUUUGGUGUCCUAGCAGGUUAUAUGGCAGACAUCUUCCAGACAAGGAAUACUUUCAGUCUAGUCACCAUCCGGAAACUCUUCACCUCACUAGGACUUCUCCUGCCUUCCCUCUUCAGCCUCUGCCUGCUUUACCUGAGUUCCAACUUCUAUGCCACUGUAAUUUUCCUGAUACUUGCUAAUUCAACAACAAGCUUUGCUAUGGGUGGACUAAUGAUAAACGUCUUGGAUAUCGCUCCUAGAUAUUAUGGAUUUCUUAGAGGAGUUACAAAUGUAAUUGGACUAACAGGAGGACUCAUUGCUUCCACUGUGACUGGAAUCAUCCUUAGUGAGGAUGCAGAAUCUCCCUGGCUUAAAAUCUUCCUCCUGAUGAUAGCCAAUAACAUGAUAAGCCUAAUCUUCUACCUUAUAUUUGCUAAAGCAGAAGUUCAAGACUGGGCUAAAGAAAGACAAAACACCUAUCUCUGA